UAUCUGGGUACACUGUAAAUCUGUGGUGAUAGGUGGGUAUUAGGUUGUCAUGGCAUAUCUUUGUGGCUCCCCACUGGUUGAGUUACGAGAUGGAUGAAUGGAAGCUAUGGCAUGGUCUGUUUGCGCUCCAUUGCCCAGGAGGGAUGACAGCUUAAAAAGGGUUUAUAUACAAGUUUGAAAGUAUAUCAUCUUUACCCUUUCCCUCCUAAUUGUUGCCAGUUUUCUGCUCAUAUUGGUUUCUGGCAGAUACCAUGCAGACACUGGAUAGUUAUUGAACUCCACGUGGCUCAAAUAUGCAUCACAACAAAAUCAGUUAUUAAGACAAAACAUCAGAGUUAAAGAAAUGUCCCAAAUCAAAGUAGUUUAUAUAUACACAGUUUUUUAUUGUAAUGUUCUAACAGUUUUGACUUCAACAAGUUAUAGGGGUUCAUUGAAUAACUACAGUUUGAAAUAGAAACCCUACCCUAACCAAAUGACCCUUGUAGACCUUUUUGAAAAGAGACAUUUUCCCUGUUAGUCCUAAAAUGUCAGAAAAUGUUAAAUGAAAGGAAAGGGGCCCAAAUGUUUGUCUUUGUAGCUGGUAGGAGGUUGUUCAAAGUCAUCAGCAGCAAAUCAAUUGUGUCAAUAUUCAGUUAAGUUUCCAUCCAUCUAUCUGAUUUCUACGGCUAAUCUGGAGUCCAGUUGUGGAGGCAGCAGACUAAGCAAGGUAGUCUAGAUAUCCCUCUCCCCAGCAAUGUUUUCCAGCUCCUCUUGGGCAAUCCCCAGGCGUUCCCAGGCCAGAUGAGAUGUAUAAUAACUCCAGUUUGUUUUAGGUCUACCCCAGGGUCUCCUAUCAGCUUGAGGUGCCCAGAAAACCUUAAAUGGAAGCUGCCCAGGAGGCAUCCUGAUCAGUUGCCCGAACCACCUCAGCUGGCCCUUUUUGAAACAAGGGAAAAGCAGCUCUACACCAAGCUCCCUCCAGAUGUCUGAACUCCUGAACACCCUCUAAGGCUGGCCACUACCCCAGCUGGAGCCCAGUCAGAUCAGGCUGAUAGUGUACCAGGACUGUGAGAGACGUGGCAGAAAUGUCCUCUUCGACUCCAAUGCCAAAAAGAGGGGCACGGAGGAAACUCCGAACACUCACACUGAGGGCCAGGUGAAGAUGUUCGGGAAAUGCUGCCAGCUCCGUCCUACAGGUGGCAGCAGCAGUUCCCUGGACAGCUCCUCCUCUUGCACCUCUGAAACCAAGGAAACCAAGGAGCAGGGUCUCCGUUUCCAGGGUUCAAGGUGUUCAUCCGAUGUGGUAAUGUUGGGGGAAAUGAUGUUUGGCUCUGUGGCCAUGAGCUACAAAGGCUCCACGCUAAAAAUCCACCAGAUCAGAUCGCCACCUCAGCUGAUGCUGAGUAAGGUCUUCACCGCCAGGACUGGCAGCAGUGUGUAUGGCAGCCUCAACACGUUACAGGACAGCCUGGAGUUCAUUGGACAGGACAGCAACACCCUAAAGCCUGAUCAAAACACCGGACCCAACAGUCUCCUAGGGAACAUAGGAUUUCCUCAGCUCUGCAGCCCUCGCCGGGCCUUCUCUGAACAGGGCCCUCUGCGCCUCAUCAAGAGCGCAUCUUUCUUUUCAGGCCACAGUCAUCCCAUGGACAUGCCUGGCCGAGGGCUGUACGACGAGAGGGACAGUGGCAUCGCCAGGUCAGCUUCUCUGAGCAGCCUGUUGAUCACUCCCUUCCCAUCUCCUGGCUCCUCCCUGACCAGCAGCUGUGCUUCCAGCUACCAGCGCCGAUGGCUCCGCAGCCAAACCACCAGCCUGGAGAAUGGUGUUUUCCCCCGAUGGUCAGUGGAGGAGAGCUUCAACAUGUCUGACGAAAGCGGGGGACCAAGUCUCGGCGUAGCACGGAAGAAGAAGAUCGCUAUCGGGGUCAUCUUCAUGCUGUCCCCCAAUACUGAGGAGAACAACCGCUUCCAGGAUUUCUUUUUUUCCCACUUCCCUCUCUUUGAAAGCCACAUGAACAAACUCAAGAGUGCCAUCGAACAGGCCAUGAAGAUGAGUCGGCGGUCAGCUGAUGCCAGCCAGAGGGCCUUGGCUUAUAGCCGAAUGGUGGACGGACUCAAUGAGUUCAGGAUGACCAUCUGUGACCUUUACACCAUGCCCCGGGUGGCUGAGCCCGUCUGGUUGACUAUGAUGUCUGGAGUGUCAGAGAAGAACCAGCUCUGCGGUCAAUUCAUGAGGGAGCUUUCCUUGCUGAUGGAGCAGGCCUCCAAGAACCAAUUCCUCCCGGCCUUAUUGACGGCCGUCCUGACCAAUCAUCUGGCCUGGGUCCCCACCGUCAUGCCCAAUGGCCAGCCUCCAAUCAAGAUCUUCCUCGAGAAACACUCCUCCGAGAGUGUCGACAUGCUGGCAAAGACACACCCCUACAACCCACUCUGGGCACAACUAGGGGACCUGUAUGGGGCCAUUGGUUCACCAGUGCGGCUGUCGAGGACAGUGGUGGUGGGCCGCAGACAGGACCUGGUCCAGAGACUCCUCUAUGUCCUCACCUACUUCAUUCGCUGCUCUGAGCUGCUGGAGACCCACAUGCUGGACAGUGCUGAGGAUGAGGCCAUCGUCAUGCCCGGUUCCCUCAUCACCACCUCCCUAAGGAAAGGAGAGGUGGAGGAGUCAGACUAUGUCCUGGUUACUGUCCAUAAACCCAGUGGGGACUACUUGUCCCAUGGAGCCCAUGGCCGUCGGACUGAGGCAGAGGACAGUAGCUACCCUUCAGACAACAGCCUACAGAGCAGCACAUAUACAGACGCUGAGGUGGAGCAUGGUGCCGGGGAAACACCCAAGGAGGAAGAUGAGGAUGAGGAAGACGAGGAGGACAGCAGUGAGAGUCAAGGGUCCAGGAGCAGUGUGCUUCAAACGGGACACAGUCAGUGUGCAGUUCCAGUCAUCAAGGCUGCAGACACAGCUGAACCUGGGGAGCUGCGCAGGGAAUCUAGCAGCCCACUGGGCACAGAGGCCCGACUGGAGACUGUGCUGCGCGUUGGCUCGGCCUCCCCCAGGGAACAGGUCUGUGUACCGGAUACAGAGACCAAGGGCAACAUGAAACUUAUUCUCCCAUCCAUACCCACAACCCUUGCAUCAAGUCCGUCCCCAACUCCCACCACAGAGUGUAAAAACUCCAGGACAGAGGCUGGGAUGGAUGCAGGGAUGGGGAACCAGGGCACCAAAGUGCUGGUUCCUCGGCCUUUGGGAAUCCCUCUAGAAAAGAAGCCCCCUGAUAAAAACCUGGCUGCCACGGUUCCAGUACCAGUGAUACUGGGAAACACCAUGAUGGGGCCCAUGGCUUUGACUCUAACAGAAGAGGAGGAGCCAGCAACGAAAGUCACUUUCCUCAUUGGAGACUCCAUGUCUCCUGAGUCGGACACAGAGAGCCGCAGAAGGAAGGUGGAGGAGGAGAUUAAAAAGCAUAAGAAACACUUCAAGGACAAACAUCUGGCUCACCAGCAGCUGCUGCUGCAUCAGCAACAACAGCAUCAUCAAGGGCAACAUUAUCAACAGCAACCACAGCAGCCACAGGGAGGAGCAGAUUCAAAGACCAGCAACACCAUUGCAUUAGAGGACCAAACCAAACAGACCAAGGCGGCUCCAGCCCUGCAGCGGGUGUCCAGUAAGAUGCCCCAGUGGAGCCCAAACUGUAUGGAUGUUUUUGAUGAGUAUUUCAGCAUGGAGAACCCCGUGGAGACAAGGACAAUAGACGAUGUGGCCAAACGACAGGAACCCACCCCCAAGGACAGUAUGCACAAAGACUUGUUGGACCCCUCGGGAGUCCCCCGGCGAGUCGACUUGGGAGGUCGCAGCUUUCAGGGUACAGUCAGGAGUCCGGGUUUGGGUCUCUGUUUAGGUUCAGGUAGUGGAGAGGUGGGGUCCAGCAGGAAGGGAGAUGCUUUGUUGGAUGUCCAGAGGAGGUGCAGGUGUGGGUCCACAGACUCUUCUGACACCUGCUGCUGUAGGGGCUGUUCUGCUGAGCAGGACAAGGAUCUCGUGUUGUCAGUCCCCGUCCCCCAGGAUGGAAGCAGCAACAGCAAAGAGGACCAAAAGCGCAAGGUGGUCCCUGUCAACGACUGGGAGAUACCGCGCAACGAGAGUUCAGACAGUGCGUUGGGGGACAGCGAGAGUGAGGAGACAGAGGACUGGCAGGAGGAAGUGCUGUUGCCCUUCCCUGGGUCAAAGUUGGUGGAGAACUACUCGAAGCCAAGCAUAGCCAAUUUUGGCCGGUCUCUGUUUGGAGGCUACUGCCCGACCUAUGUGCCAGACUUUGUCCUGCAUGGGAUGCCUAGUGACGAGAAGCUACGGCAGAGCCUCAUGGCUGAAUUAUCCCAUGCUGUUCAGCAUCCAGUACUGGAUGAGCCCAUAGCAGAGGCCGUCUGCAUUAUAGCAGACACGGACAAGUGGACAGUGCAGGUGGCCAGUAGUCAGAGACGAGCCACAGACGUCAACAAGCUGGGGAAGGAAGUCCUGGUGUCCAGCCUGGUUUCCAGCUUAUUGCAGUCCACGCACCAGCUCUACAAACUCAACCUCUCACCCAACUUUUGUAUAAUGCACCUUGAGGACCGUCUGCAGGAAAUCUACUUUAAGAGUAAAAUGCUUGCUGAGUAUUUGAAAGGCCAGACACGAGUCCAUGUGAAAGAACUGGGCAUGGUCUUAGGAAUCGAGUCCAGCGACCUUCCCCUGUUAGCUGCAGUGGCCAGCACUCACUCCCCCUAUGUGGCUCAGAUCCUACUAUGAGACUAAAAAAACACUUGAGGUCCCAAGCAGCCUGAGGAAACCAGUCAGACCUGGGUGGAGCCACUGUGGCCCCAAAAACGGCCGUCCAUGCUUCUCAGCCGACCCCCGACAUGGUUUCCUGUCCUGUGUGCCUGGGCUCAGUGGGAUCUUUUCCCAGAGCCUGGGUGUUGCACGUCUUUAGGGACCACAGCCAGCUCCUUCCCUCACUAUCACUGCUGCUGAAUUUAGUGCAAUGCUGAUGUUGCACCACAGGGGGAGGCUAGAGACCACAGUCCUACAGGUGGCGUGAGAGACUGCGGAUGACUGAAGCAUCCCUGAAAUGACCUUUUCCUGUUGUUUGAAUGUUUCUUUUAAAACGGAACUCUCUUAUUUUUGGACACAAAAGCCAAAGACUUUAUUCAUUUUCCCAGUUGAGAAUGAAACUUUAAGAUAUAUACAGUACAUUAACAAUGCAUUUUGUUUCUUAAACUGCUUUUUUUUUUUUUUUUUUUUUUUCCCCCUGUACAAUCUUAAACCCAGUCGUACAAACUGACGGACUACAAGUUUAAAGGAAACAUGGACAUUUUUAAACUUACCUUUGAGGAAUAUAUCAUUGAGAAUAUUAUCAGUCUCAUGCCAAUUAUGUUAUGUUGUUUAUCUUCCUGUUUUUGUUUACAAGCCGAAUUUCCCUGAGAUAUCUCAACAAAUCUGACAAAUUUGAUUUUUUUUAUUUUUUAUUUUUUAUUUUAUUUUUUCCAAAUUACAAUGCACACCUGACUUAAAAGCAUUUUUUUUUUUUUUUUGGCAGAGGUGGUAAUCGAUGCAAACCGUGAUUUUUAGUUCUACAAACUGGUUUUGAAAUGGCUAAAAGUGGCUUUGACAUUCUUAUCAUAGGUACAGCACUACCUCAGAUCUGUAUAUGGGCAGUGGAUGACACACACAUUUACAGCUGCCCCAUAGAAAACCCUGAGGUAUACUUUUUAAGCUAUUUUAAUCAGAGGAAUGUCAGCGUCAACCGUGUGCAGGAUCUAUGCUGUGUUUUUUGAAAAAGGGAAGGCUGUUUAAUCCUUUAGGAUGAUCGUUACAAGAAAGAUGGAAGAAAAACAUAUUUUUGCGUCAAGGUGAUUUAGAAGGGUUCCUUUCUACUGUGGAAAAGCUACAACAUGCACCAUCUACGUAUAUUUUAAAACUAAAUGCUGAAAUAUUUUCACACUUUUAUAGCGUCGCCACCUUUCUACGAUGUUUACGGCUUUGAUGUUUGCUGCAGAGGGAGGAGAGAGAGGAGGAACACAGUAGGCCUUAUAGUGGUUAUGUAUGUAUCAGUUAACACUACUGUAUUGUUAGACAUGUCUCUAUGACAGUUUUACUCACAAAAACACACAAGAUGCAAAAUACAAAACUAUAGUAGCACAAUUUACUCUUUUGUUUUCCUUUAGACUUUCCAUGCCAUUGACAGAUAAAUGAUUUUGGCUGCUAUGCCGUAUACCCAGGGUGCGAUUUGCUGACUGUAAAAGUGACCUUGAGUGGGUUUCCCAGCUUCUGUUUUUGGAUUUUCUCCUGGGCAUCAAGUGUAACCUGCAGCAAGGCCAAUGGGGCAUUGUUUCAUUAUUCUCAUUAUUAUUUGUUUUGUCAUUUGUUGACAGCAUUUGGGAAAUAAUAAUAUACUUUCUUUUUUUUUCUUUUUGUUGGACUGCAGACAAAACAAGGUGAGUGAAAACAUGUCCCCGUGAGCGACUCCGUCAUUUAUAAUACACACAGUCAAAAGCAGAGAGGAACUCCUGUACAUUGCCCCUGUACUUCUGUGCUGAGAAUUUACCUUCGUGACAGGGGAAUUGCAGUCAGAGGGACAAAGUGGUGUGGUGUCUGGUGAGGAACUUUAUUUGAAGCUCCAUAUUGUCAACCAUUACUGUGACAAAUCCCCAAUUUCUACAAAUCCUACUUAAAGUUUGAAAGGUGGCUCAGGUUUGUUUGUUUGUGUUGAUGGGCUUUAUGUUCAAGUGUACACUACACUGAGAAUGUCUCCUAUUGCUACAAAAAGCAGGAAUAACUGGCAGUGUAACCCUGAGAACUGGACAGUGUUUGUUUGUUUCUUUCUAUAAAGUCAAAUCGCACCCUGAAUAUAACCCAAGUCUUAAUGGAGAAAUGGUAUGAAUGCAUUGCAGGCUUCUGGAGAGCUCAUUUUGCUGGUGAAAUUGAUAUAUACAUGCUUGUUACGGUAUAGAAGAUGCUCAGCUAUAUCAGCCUACAUUUUGUACAACCCAGCUAUUAUGUUUAAAAGGUAUGAAUUUAUAUCCGCUUUUUCCCUCUUUGUAUAUGAAUAAAUUAUUUAGUUGCUCUUGGUAUGUGUUAACAGUACAUGUAAACUGUACAUACUCAGUUUAUUUCCAUGUAUUUGUACAGAAUGUCUUUUAAGAAUUGUCUCCUCAAAUUAUUUUUUCCCAAUUUUAUGGGAAUGUUGUGCAAUAAAGA